AUGAAGAAAUGGCUUGGUAUUAUAUUUCUUAUCAAAUAUAUUCUUGCGCAUCCAACUCCUAUUGUUCUUUGGCAUGGAAUGGGUGAUACUUGCUGCGUUGACUUUAGCUUAGGGGCUUUUAAACAAUUUCUCGAAAGAGAAAUACCGGGUGUUUAUGUAAAUUCUCUGAGAAUUGGAAAUUCAACUAUUGAAGAUUUCGAAAAUGGAUAUUUCAUGCAUCCAAAUAAGCAAGUAGAAUAUGUGUGCAAUAUGUUAGCUAAUGAUCCAGAAUUACAAGAUGGAUUUAAUGCUAUAGGUUUUUCACAGGGUGCUCAAUUCUUGCGGGGCGUAGUUCAACGUUGUGGUCACAAAUUGCCACCAAUAAAAAAUGUAAUUUCUCUUGGUGGCCAGCAUCAAGGUGUAUACGGUCUGCCACAUUGUGGAGCAUUACAACAUGCAACUUGUGACUACGUCAGAAAGUUACUUAAUUAUGCGGCGUAUUACAGUUGGGUACAACAUUCUCUCGUCCAAGCGACAUACUGGCACGAUCCUCUAGACGAGAUAAUGUAUAAAAAAAGUAGCCAGUUCCUGGCCGAUAUCAAUAACGAAAGGAAAAUAAAUAAAACAUACAUCGCCAACUUAAAUCGAUUGGAGAAUUUCGUACUAGUUAAGUUCGACAGUGACAGCAUCGUACAGCCGCGGGAAACCGAGUGGUUUGGUUUCUACGCGCCGGGGCAAGCGGAGCGAUUGUUGCCGUUGGAGGAGUCUAAUCUCUAUAAGAAGGAUCGCCUGGGAUUGAGGAAAAUGAAAGAAUCAGGCAAACUUAUAUUUUUGUCCACUCCGGGAGACCAUCUACAUUUCCCGCAAGAGUGGUUCGUCGAGAAAAUUUUGAAGCCUUAUUUACUUUAA